AAGGAGAGAGAGGUGAGAAACAAGGAUCGGAUCAGCUGAAGCAGUUCCGAUUACAUAUCAAUGGCUUCUUAUGCGUCACGCAUCGUCAAUCACUCCAAGAAGUUGAAGGAUGUUUCGACUUUACUGCGCCGGGAACAUGCUUCAACAGUUCGCUAUUUCUCUAACACUAAUCGAGCUCCUCUGAACAGAGAAGAUACCGUUAAUGCCCUUCUUGGCUAUUCCCCACUGGAGAGGAUUUCCAAAUGUAGCAGCAGCACUGUUGCCCCGAAAACACUAAUUGUUAUUCAUCGGCUUCUAAGGGAAGGUGAUCCAACAUUCAGAGAGGCGCUAUUAAACUUUUCGCAGAGAGGGCGAAUUUGGCAGCUUUCUAACUUCAAGGAUGAUUCAAGCCCUAUUGCUUGGGAUUGUUCAGCUUGGGUACGUACUUAUGCAUUAUUCCUUGAGGAACGGCUUGAAUGCUUCAGGGUUUUAAAAUAUGAUACUGAAGCAGAACGUCUUCCUAAAUCUACCCCAGGCCAGGAUAAGGGGUACAGUAGAACCAGGGAUUUAGACGGUGAAGAACUCUUGGAACAGUUGCCAGCUUUGCAGCAGCUUCUAUAUCGUCUCAUUGGUUGCAGGCCAGAAGGCGCUGCUAACCACAAUCAUGUUAUUCAAUAUGCACUUGCUCUGGUGUUGAAAGAGAGUUUUAAAGUCUAUUGUGCUACCAAUGAUGUUAUUAUCAAUCUCAUUGACAAGUUCUUUGAAAUGCCAAAACAUGAAGCCAACAAUUCCCUUGAUAUAUACAAGCGUGCGGGUCAGCAGGCACGAAGCCUCUCUGAUUUCUAUGAAGCCUGCAAUGGAUUGGAACUUGCGAGGAAUUUUCAGUUUCCUGUUCUAAGAGAGCCUCCACAAUCUUUACUGACAACAAUGGAGGAGUAUAUUAAAGAAGCACCACGGGUUGUUGAUGUCCCAGCCGAACCACUGCUUCUAACGUAUAGGCCGGAUGAUGGACUGACUGCCGAAGAUACUGAACCGUCACAUGAAGAACGUGAAAUGUUACCUUUAGAUGAUGUGGUUGUUGUAUCUGAAGAGACAGAACCUUCUCCCCCACCUCCUCCUUCAGCCAGCACUCAGAACUUCAUUGAUACUGAUGAUCUACUGGGUCUGAACAGUGCUGCUCCUGAUGCAUCUGUGAUCGAAGACAGAAAUGCACUUGCGUUAGCCAUUAUUUCAACUGAUGCUAAUCCGUCAACGCCUCGUUUUGGUCAAGCAAUUGAUUACGAUCCUACAGGAUGGGAGUUUGCCUUGGUGACAGCACCCAGCAGUGAUAUCUCUGCAGCCACCGAGAGGAAAUUGUUGAAGGAUGUUUCGACUUUACUGCGCCGGGAACAUGCUUCAACAGUUCGCUAUUUCUCUAACACUAAUCGAGCUCCUCUGAACAGAGAAGAUACCGUUAAUGCCCUUCUUGGCUAUUCCCCACUGGAGAGGAUUUCCAAAUGUAGCACCAGCACUGUACUAGUGUCCAGUUUUUCAACUGCGACAACUUAUCUAAGCAGUGCAAUGGGAAGGCCAAUGUUUGGAAAAGAUUUUUCAUGUUCAAUGCAAUCAGCUAGAGGAUUUUCAUCGGGUUCAGAUCUGCCUCCUCAUCAAGAGAUCGGGAUGCCUUCUCUCUCGCCAACAAUGACUGAGGGUAACAUUGCCAGGUGGCUGAAAAAAGAAGGUGAUAAAGUUGCUCCUGGGGAAGUACUCUGUGAAGUUGAAACCGACAAAGCAACCGUCGAAAUGGAAUGCAUGGAAGAGGGCUAUCUCGCCAAGAUUGUAAAGGAGGAGGGUUCAAAAGAAAUUCAAGUCGGCGAGGUAAUUGCUAUUACAGUUGAAGAUGAAGAGGACAUUGGAAAGUUCAAAGAUUACACCCCAUCAUCUACUGCUGAUGCCGCUCCUACUAAAGCAGAACCAACUCCUACCCCACCAAAGGAAGAGAAGGUUGAACAGCCAUCAACGCCUCCUGAACCGAAGGCUUCCAAGCCUAGCGCACCUCCCACAGGAGAUCGUGUUUUUGCUAGUCCUCUUGCAAGAAAGUUGGCUGAAGAUAAUAAUGUGCCUCUUUCAAACAUUAAGGGCACAGGUCCUGAAGGACGCAUAGUGAAGGCAGAUAUCGAUGAAUACUUAGCUUCAGGUGGUAAAGGAGCUACUGCGAAGCCAUCUAAAUCUACUGAUUCUAAGGCCCCAGCUUUGGACUAUGUUGACAUCCCUCAUUCUCAGAUACGAAAGGUCACAGCCUCACGUUUGGCAUUCUCAAAGCAAACUAUCCCUCACUAUUAUUUGACCGUAGAUACAUGUGUUGACAAACUUAUGUGUUUGAGGAGAAAGCUUAAUUCUUUCCAAGAGGCUUCUGGUGGGAAACAGAUAUCUGUCAAUGAUCUUGUUGUUAAGGCUGCUGCAUUAGCUCUCAGGAAAGUUCCUCAGUGCAAUAGCUCAUGGACUGAUGAUUACAUCCGCCAGAUGCAGACAAGAAGGGUCUGUCCACAAUUGGAGAAGAAGUUCGGUUAUUGGAUCAAAAAGCAAGAGAGAACAGCUUAAAGCCAGAAGAUUAUGAGGGAGGAACAUUUACGGUUUCUAACUGGGAAGACCGUUUGGCAUCAAGCGAUUCUGUGCAGUCGUUA